CCCGCCCGCGCCCGCCCCGGGACCCCCUCCCCGGCGGCCCGCGAGCCAUGUCGUUGAGCCCCAAGCAUACGACGCCCUUCUCCGUGUCCGACAUCCUGAGCCCCAUCGAGGAGACCUACAAGAAGUUCGGCGGCGCCAUGGACGGCGCGCCGCCCGGCCUGGGGGCGCCCCUGGGGGCCGCGGCCGCCGCCUACCGCGCGCCGCCCGGUGCCCCCGCGCAGGGCGCGGCCGUGGCGGGGCUGCAGCCGCACCCCAUGGCGGGCCACGGCGCGGCGGCGGCCUACCACAUGCCGGCGGGCGUCCCGCAGUUCGCCGGCGCCGUGGGCGGCUACUGCAACGGCGGCCUGGGCGGCGUGGGCGAGCUGCCCGCCUACGCGGACGGCAUGCGGGGCGGCGCGGCCGCGGGGGCCGCCGGCUGGUACGGAGCCAACGCGGACCCGCGCUACUCGUCAAUUUCCAGGUUCAUGGGGCCGUCGGCGGGCGUGAACGUGGCCGGCGUGGGGCCGCUGGCGGGCAUCGCGGACGCGGCCAAGGCGCUGGCGCCCCUGCACGUGGCGGCGGCGGCCCCGCGGAGGAAGCGGCGCGUGCUGUUCUCGCAGGCGCAGGUGUACGAGCUGGAGCGGCGCUUCCGGCAGCAGCGCUACCUGUCGGCGCCCGAGCGCGAGCACCUGGCCGGCCUCAUCCACCUGACGCCCACGCAGGUCAAGAUCUGGUUCCAGAACCACCGCUACAAGAUGAAGCGCCAGGCCAAGGACAAGGCGGCGCAGCAGCUGCAGCAGGACGGCGGCCUGGCCCCGCCGCCGCCGCCGCCGCCGGCGUCCCCGCGCCGCGUGGCCGUGCCCGUGCUGGUCAAGGACGGCAAGCCGUGCCCGAACGGGGCGGGCGCGCCCCCCACGCCCGGCCAGGCCGGCCCGCAGCCGCCCGCGCCGACGCCCGAGCUGGAGGAGCUGUCGCCCAGCCCGCCCGCGCUGCACGGCCCCGGCGGCGGCCUGGCGGCGCUGGACGCGGCCGCGGGAGACUACGGCGGCGGCGGCGGCGGCGGCGUGCUGGGUGCCAGCCUGCUCUAUGGCAGGACGUGGUGACCGCGCGGAGGCCCUGGGCGGGGGCCUGCCCGCGGCCCCGAAGGGUUUGCAAAAGCAUUGCGAGGAUGGAUGGAGGAAUCCUGCCCACGCCGGCUUCUGUGUGUGCGGCGA